GGGCUUGGGCACGCGGGCGGCCCGCUUUAGCCCCGCCCCCACCCAGGUCCCACCCCCGCUACCCUCAAUCUCCUACUCCAUUGGGCGGGUUUUGGACCAGACUGGUAGUAACCCCUUUAAUCUGGCUUCUCAAUUGCCAUAGGCUAGGUUCCACCCAGGCCCCGCCUUUUGAGCCGGAUCGCCACGCCCCCGAUGGAGACCACGCCCCUAUUUCACCAACCUCCUGAGUGCCGGCCGGGUCCCGCCCCCCUGCCGAGCUUCCGCGCUACAUUGGCUUAAUUUCUUCCUUGCCCCCGCCCCUGAAGCCGGCUCCGAGCCAUUAUUGGUGGGGCCCCGCCUCGGGCCCCGCCCCCUGUCCGGCUCCCCGCUCCCAUUGUCUCGGCAGAUGCCGCCUGGUCCAGCUAUCGUGCUCGGUAUUCAGUUUUCCGGGGCAGCGCUCUUUCUCUGGCCCGCGGAGCGGUCCCGCGGCCGAGUACCGGAUUCCCGAGUUUGGGAGGCUCUGCUUUCCUCCCUAGGACCCACUUUGCCGUCCUGGGGUGGCUGCAGUUAUGUCCGCGCUGCGACCUCUCCUGCUUCUGCUGCUGCCUCUGUGUCCCGGUCCUGGUCCCGGACCCGGGAGCGAGGCAAAGGUCACCCGGAGUUGUGCAGAGACCCGGCAGGUGCUGGGGGCCCGGGGAUAUAGCUUAAACCUAAUCCCUCCCGCCCUGAUCUCAGGUGAGCACCUCCGGGUCUGUCCCCAGGAGUACACCUGCUGUUCCAGUGAGACAGAGCAGAGGCUGAUCAGGGAGACUGAGGCCACCUUCCGAGGCCUGGUGGAGGACAGCGGCUCCUUUCUGGUUCACACACUGGCUGCCAGGCACAGAAAAUUUGAUGAGUUUUUUCUGGAGAUGCUCUCAGUAGCCCAGCACUCUCUGACCCAGCUCUUCUCCCACUCCUACGGCCGCCUGUAUGCCCAGCACGCCCUCAUAUUCAAUGGCCUGUUCUCUCGGCUGCGAGACUUCUAUGGGGAAUCUGGUGAGGGGUUGGAUGACACCCUGGCGGAUUUCUGGGCACAGCUCCUGGAGAGAGUGUUCCCGCUGCUGCACCCACAGUACAGCUUCCCCCCUGACUACCUGCUCUGCCUCUCACGCUUGGCCUCAUCUACCGAUGGCUCUCUGCAGCCCUUUGGGGACUCACCCCGCCGCCUCCGCCUGCAGAUAACCCGGACCCUGGUGGCUGCCCGAGCCUUUGUGCAGGGCCUGGAGACUGGAAGAAAUGUGGUCAGCGAAGCGCUUAAGGUGCCGGUGUCUGAAGGCUGCAGCCAGGCUCUGAUGCGUCUCAUCGGCUGUCCCCUGUGCCGGGGGGUCCCCUCACUUAUGCCCUGCCAGGGCUUCUGCCUCAACGUGGUUCGUGGCUGUCUCAGCAGCAGGGGACUGGAGCCUGACUGGGGCAACUAUCUGGAUGGUCUCCUGAUCCUGGCUGAUAAGCUCCAGGGCCCCUUUUCCUUUGAGCUGGCGGCUGAGUCCAUUGGGGUGAAGAUCUCGGAGGGUUUGAUGUACCUGCAGGAAAACAGUGCGAAGGUGUCCGCCCAGGGUGACUGUGUGAGGUCUCUUCCCGGUGCCGCAGGUGUUUCAGGAGUGCGGCCCCCCCGACCCGGUGCCUGCCCGCAACCGUCGAGCCCCGCCGCCCCGGGAAGAGGCGGGCCGGCUGUGGUCGAUGGUGACCGAGGAGGAGCGGCCCACGACGGCCGCGGGCACCAACCUGCACCGGCUGGUGUGGGAGCUCCGCGAGCGUCUGGCCCGGAUGCGGGGCUUCUGGGCCCGGCUGUCCCUGACGGUGUGCGGAGACUCUCGCAUGGCAGCGGACGCCUCGCUGGAGGCGGCGCCCUGCUGGACCGGAGCCGGGCGGGGCCGGUACUUGCCGCCAGUGGUCGGGGGCUCCCCGGCCGAGCAGGUCAACAACCCCGAGCUCAAGGUGGACGCCUCGGGCCCCGAUGUCCCGACACGGCGGCGUCGGCUACAGCUCCGGGCGGCCACGGCCAGAAUGAAAGCGGCCGCACUGGGACACGACCUGGACGGGCAGGACGCGGAUGAGGAUGCCAGCGGCUCUGGAGGGGGACAGCAGUAUGCAGAUGACUGGAUGGCUGGGGCUGUGGCUCCCCCAGCCCGGCCUCCUCGGCCUCCAUACCCUCCUAGAAGGGAUGGUUCUGGGGGCAAAGGAGGAGGUGGCAGUGCCCGCUACAACCAGGGCCGGAGCAGGAGUGGGGGGGCAUCUAUUGGUUUUCACACCCAAACCAUCCUCAUUCUCUCCCUCUCAGCCCUGGCCCUGCUUGGACCUCGAUAACGGGGGAGGGGUGCCCUAGCAUCAGAAGGGUUCAUGGCCCUUUCCCCUCCUGCCCCCUCAGCUGGGCCUGGGGAGGAGUCGAAGGGGGCUGCAGAGAGGGCAGAGAAGGGACUUUGCAGGUGAAUGGCUGGGGCCCCAAAUCCAGGAGAUUUUCAUCAGAGGUGGGUGGGUGUUCACAAUAUUUAUUUUUUCAUUUGGUAAUGGGAGGGGGGCCUGGGGGUAUUUAUUUAGGAGGGAGUGUGGUUUCCUUAGAGGGUAUAGUCUCCAGCCCUCUAAGGCUGGGGCUGGUGAUCAGCCCCAACAGAGAAAAUGAGGAGUUUAGAGUUGCAGCUGGGGAAGGGGUUUGAAGGAAGUUGGAAGUGGGGAGGGGUGGGGGCAUCUGGUCUCAGAAAUGGACCAGCUGGAUGCAGGGCAGGGGACUGAGAGUGCUUGAGUAGGAUGUGAGACUUCAUGGGCCUGGGUUCUGUUGAGUUUUUUCAGUAUCAAUUUCUUAAACCAAAUUUUAAAAAAAACAAGGUGGGGGGGUGCUCAUCUCGUGACCUCUGCCACCCACAUCCUUCACAAACUCCAUGUUUCAGUGUUUGAGUCCAUGUUUAUUCUGCAAAUAAAUGGUAAUGUAUUGGA